UAGUGGCAUAUUUGAGAUUUCAUAAACAGUUUAUAUAGCAACCCAAGCUCAUCUCCAUAUUAUAAACUCUGUCUUUUUACGCUGCUAGCUUUGAGAACCUGAGCGAAAAUAUCGCUUAAGUCAUGGGCUAGUUACUUUAAAAAAGAAAAAAUGUUGGAAGUGGAGGAUUUUUCUGAGCGUGGAGAUGCUCCGGCUCUGGCUAUCAUUCAAGACAACGCGAGAAAGAAGGCCGUGAGGCAGGUUGUCGAAACACAAGAGGAGCUUACUCGAAUUCAUGAGCGCGUAACGAGAACCAUAGACGCGUACGAACUAAGUGAAAAACUGUCCGGACAUCAACUCGACGAGAAAGAAGUUGAACGAAUCGCCGAGGAUUUUAUCAGGGAGCAAGCGACUUUGGAAUUUGUAGACGAUACGACUCAGCUGCUCAUAAUUUUAUCAGACCCUGUUGCUAAACGAAAGUAUCAACAACAGGUUGCAGUUUUCAUUGUUGGAUUUGAAAAUCUUUGUGGACGAAGGGCAAGGCUUUUAGCCCAGUUGCAAGAGUUUUUUGUACAAAAUGGGAGAAAUGAAGAUCAGUUUGAUGUAGAGCCACCAGAAUUUGACAUUGAAGAUGUUGGUGCUCAAGUCAGAGAUGCCCUGGACAAAGCAGAAAAAGCAACACAGCGACUGGCCACAGUCUCAAAAGAUGUCAUCAAAGCUUUAGAGAUAGUGAAUCCUAAAGAAACCAAAAAGGGGAAAAAGAAACUUGAAAAAGCUCUUCAACAGGCACAGCAAGAUAUCAUGUCUCUCACUGAAAAACUGAUCAGAGUACAAAAUGAUCUUGAGGACAGUGAGGGUAAGAUGUCCCAGAUGUACAAGUCCAUGGAGAUGAAACAAGUGGAAGUUGAAAGGCUCAAAGUUCAAGCAGACAAUGCAAAGAAAGCUGCAGACUCAGUAAAAGAACUGAAAUCUGAACUUGCUGUAAAGGAGAACGAUCUUCAAAGAGCCAAUAAGUCAAUCCAAGAACUGGAACUAAGUGUGGCUCAUUUGGAAGAUAAACAAGAGAGAGACUUUGAAAGACAUAAGAAAAUACGAGAAGAGAACGAGGUACAGUACUAAUUUUCUUGUACAACAAAAAUGUUAUUUUGAACACAUCCAUCUGUACAACUUAAUAAUAUUUUGAACAAAGAUUUUCAGAAUAGCCUUUCAACUCAAAGCAAGGAUCUCCUUUAUGCUGUAAGAAUUUUUUUCUGUCAUUAUCUUCACUGGCUUACAUAUAAUUUCCACAAUAAGUUCUUCUUUGGGAAAGUAAAGAGGUUUAUUGGGCUGCAACAAACUCAAGGUGUCGAGGUUGUCAAGGUGGAAUCUGUGUUAACUGGAUUUCCUGUUGUGGGCCUGUGAGUUCACUUAUGCGUCUUAGAAACUUGCUGUUGCAACCUUUAAAAACA